AUGGCUGACAACAGGUCCGGUGCUGACGUUAUCGAGCCUGUCCCGGCAGCCCAGGCUCCUAAUGUUCAAGGCGGCGAAAAAGCUGCUCAAUUCUUAGCUCAGCAUGGUGAAAUUACGUUUACCUAUGAAGAGGAGAGACAUGUGCUCAGGCGGAUAGACCUGCGGAUUCUCCCCUUAAUGCUAGGCGCAUACUUUUUUCAACAACUUGACAAAAGCGCACUGUCGUAUACCUCCAUUUUCGGACUAAUUAGUGAUGCAAACCUUCAAGGGCCCGAGUAUAGUUUGCUCGGCUCCAUCUUGUACGUCGCUCAGCUCGUCUGUCAGCCAUUGGCUGCGUUUCUUCUCGUCAAAUUCCCGUAUGGAAAAGUGAUCGGUAUUGCGGUCCUUGGUUGGGGGUCGUGUGCCGCCCUCACAGCUGCUUGUACCAACUUCCGCUCACUAAUGGCUCUUCGAUUCCUUCUGGGGACCUUUGAGUCCAUGAUCGCCCCAUCUCUGCUCGCUGUCACCCAAAUGUGGUGGAGACGCUCUGAGCAAACAUUGAGGACAUCAUACUGGAAUGCAAUGAAUGGAGUCACAUUUAUUGUCGGUUCCUUGAUUACCUAUGGUCUGGGGCACAUUGAGAGCACCCGCAUUUACAAGUACCAGACGAUCUUCAUCUUCUGUGGGUGCUUGACUGUGCUUUUCGGUCUCGCAUUCAUCCUCAUGAUGCCCGAUUCUCCAAUGGAAGCCAAGUAUCUUAGUGAGAGGGAGAAGUUGAUCGCAACGGAGCGUGUAAGAGCCAAUCAGAUGGGGGUUGCCAGUCGCAAAUGGCGGUGGGAUCACGUCCUUGAGACCCUGACCGACCUCAAGACUUGGAUGUGGUUUAUAUUGAUUGUCUCAAUCUCAAUCCCUAGCGGCGGAUUUAGCUCUUUUGGGAGCCUGAUUAUCAAGGACUUUGGAUACCAGAGCUUCGACGCGAUUCUCUUUCAGCUCCCCACUGGCGCUGUCCAGAUCGUUACGAUUACGGGUGCUGCGUGGAUAGCCACAAGAUACAGCCGAAAGGGGCUUACCAUCACCGGCCUCUCUCUUCUGCCUCUAGCAGGUGCAAUCAUGAUGCUGACCGUGCCUCGGUCACAGAAGGGUGUACUCCUUUUUGGAUACUAUCUCGUUCAGUGUCUUGGUGCCAUCACGCCAAUGAUCUAUACCUGGAGCGCGCAAAACACUGCCGGGGACACGAAGAAGAAGACCACUUCUGCGAUUAUGUUCAUGGGUAUGUGUACAGGCAAUAUCAUCGGCCCGCUCUUGUAUAAUGUCAAUGAUGCGCCGACUUAUCGUCCUGGCCUUAUCUCUAACCUCAUUAUGUUCGCCCUUGUUGGAGCUAUGGGACUACUCAUCCCAAUGUACCUGAUGUUCUUGAACCGAAAGCACGCGAAAGCGCGCGAGCAACUGGGUAGAUCGGCAGAUAUUGUAGAUGAGUCUAUGCUGAGGAAGAAGGAUGUGGCUGGCGGCAAGCAGGUGGAUAUCGAACAGAACGAGCAUGCCCAACAGCAAAGCCUCGAGGACGAUAAAGGCCUGCACGAUGUUACAGACCUCAAGAACGAGAACUUCAUCUAUGUCAUCUAG